GGGUUAUACCUUUAAAUACCCCCUCCCUCCCUCCCUGUCUGUACUAUCUGCGAUUGCGCGUCAGUCCUCAUUGGCUGUCGGCGAUAAUCGGCCAACAAGAGGACCGGAGGGACGCAGGAGGGCACAGGGCAGCAUGUUUACAGCCGCAAAUUGUCCUAAUUAAACGAUCCUCCGGGUUCCGCCUGCUCCGCCUCGUUCUCGCGUGGAGCCUGGACGCGUUUCAAGGGCGACGAUGUUCUUACGUCGCGCGGGGCGCCUGUCAGCCGCUGUUCGGGACCAGGCUUUUAAGUCGGCUCGAGCCCCGGCGCGCAGACCGGGGGGCGUCGCUCUGACAGCGCGGAUCCGAGGCUCCUGCGCGUCCGCGGCGCGUCUCGAUCCGCCGUCCCAGCCUCACCUGGGGAGGCAGGACCUGUUUUGUGGCUUCCCGGCGCCGGUCUGGGCACGCUCGGACCUCGUGAGCCUCCCUGGAGGAUCGCGGCGUGAAGGCGGUGGGCUUGAUGUUAUCAGGCAGCCGCUCUUUUACGCAGACAGGCGCCAUAACGGCGGAGCGGAGCCGGCGGCGCGUGUUUUGUUUACAGUCUCCAGCGGAUCGAGCCGAUCCACCAUGACGGUGCAGACCAGGUCCUCGUCCACGUCUGCAGCCGCGAAGAGGAGCGGCGCGGGAGAGGAGCGGGCUGACGGGGACAAAGGGAAUGCUCAAACUUUAAAGGAAGACUCGACUACCUCGUCUACUGCGAAGGGCCCGGAGGACCCGGAGCCAGAGGGAGGAAAACCCUCCAAGACCCAGCAGCUAAAGAAAGUCUUCAAGGAGUACGGAGCGGUGGGAGUCUCUUUCCACAUCGGGAUCUCACUCAUGUCUCUGGGAAUGUUUUACCUUUUAAUAUCCAGCGGCAUCGACAUGGCGGCCAUCCUCUGCAAACUGGGCUUCAGCGAGGCGGUGGUUCAGUCGAAGAUGGCGGCGGGAACCAGCACGUUCGUUCUGGCCUACGCCAUCCACAAGCUCUUCGCUCCGGUCCGCAUCAGCAUCACCCUGGUGUCGGUGCCGCUCAUCGUACGCUACUUCAGAAAGACUGGACUCUUUAAGCCGCCCACUCCUGCCCCCUGAUGACCCCCCUCUCCACUCCUCCGCGGCCUCAUUAGCCAACAAACAUCCCACCUGGUCCUAAUUAAAAUGCCUGUGUAUGUUAUUUGCCUUCAUCUUUUCUCUCAGUACAGUUGUGACAACAGGUUUCGUACAUUUAGUCUUUGCUGUAAUAGGAUCGGAGCCGGUAAAUGACGUCUGAGGCCUUUGACUCGCACAGAAAACGAAAGAAUAUAUUCAGGGUUACAACUUAAUCUCGUCUGCAUUACAAAAGCAGACAGAAAAGGCCGGGGAAAUAAAGGUAAGUUAUUAAUUUACAAUCAGAGGAAUAAUCAGGGAUUUUAUAUUUAAGUCUUGAGGCUUCUCAGUAGGCAGGUUGAUCUCUUCAUGCUUCCUCGAGGGGAUAAGUGUUGAAAAGCUGAUCUCCCUCAGUUCUCAGCUGACUUGACUCUUCUGGUUUGAUGUGAAUCAGCACAAUACUUUAAGUCCCCUCUGUCUCCUUCCUCUCUCCCCCUCUCCACCAUCCUCUCCCACCACAUUUAUAUCUUUGCUGUUAUUCUUUCUCCUCUCAUUCUCCAAAUUUCACAACCUGAAGUCCAAGUAAAAUAUAAUAAUCUGACUGAAUCUGUAUUUCUCUGCAAUCCUUAGAUGAAGAAUGUUGCAUUUUCAAUUUUUUUCUCAGUGAAUGAAUUUUAUUUAUUAAAAAGAAAAGUUUAUA